GACUCAUAUUUUCCAGUGACCACCUUGUCAGUCGGUGAGAUUUUGCGUGGUAUCUCUGUCGCCACUAAUCGGGAUGUGGCAGCCGACGUACUCAACAAGUCGGAAAAAAUGGACGAGAUCAUGUGGCAACUGAUCACUAUCUAUUUUGAUAUGCCUCCCACACAAUUUAUCCCGGCAUUUAUGUUGAAACUGAUGAAUCGCAUCGUGUCCGAACUGCAGUUCCCCCAGUUGUUUUCUUUCAGUGACUUGAGCGAAUCCCGAGACCGGAAAAAAUGGAUCGAUUUCUUUUCUUGCGUCUUGUGCUUUUUGCAGUUCAAGUCUCAUUUCAAAGUUGCAGACGAAAUAUACAAAGGUGCCAUUGCCAGAAAGAAUCGAUACUCAGAACUGUGCAACCUAGUCAGCAAGCGAGAAGAUGAGUUCACCACCAGGCAAGCCGAAAUCAUGGCUCUACAGGAGGCAAUCAGAAAGGUGAAGAUCCACUGUGAGGAAGCCACUUCCCGUUAUCGGAAGCUGGACAAUGAACAUUCAGGUCUAAGACAGCAAGUGAGCUCGAUGCAGGAUGACCUGUCGAGAAGGGUCGAGAACACGGAUAGAUUGCGACUGGAGAAUGCCGAACUGGAGGCGGAAUGUGAAAAAUCGAGUAAAAACAUUUUAGAGAACGUGGAUUCCCUCACUCGCUUCAUUCCGAAGAUCAAAGCCCAAUUGGAUGAAGUUGAAGUGGAAAUGCAUGUGCUGUUUGAGAGGCGGACCAAUCUGUUCGAAAGAACUACUGAGUUUCACCACUACGAGGCACUUUUGGACAAGCUUAACUUAGACGAUUUUUAUGUCCUGCUUGACAAAUACGUAUCCCUCAAACAGCAGGUAAAGACUUUGCAGCAACAAUUCGAUCAGACAGCUUCAGAGCUGGAGGCCAAACGGAUAGAGAAAGAAAAUUUGAGUCGGUCGUUGUCGGAGAUGCAGAACGAUAUGAUGCGACAGAAGCUUUUGUUAGCGAAGAAGAAAAAGGCUAUCCAAACAAACAGUAAAUGUGGGGCUAAGGAUCUUGCAGCGCUCGAACGGGAGGCAGCGGAAUUACAGGAGACGGUAAACAAGUCGCAACGAACCCUUACACUAACCGAAGAACAAAUCAAACUCGGUCAUGCGGAAAACGACAGGCUUGAUCAACAACUUGCACAGGCCGAUAAAUUGGCUGGUCAUCUAGCAGAGAUUCACAAGAAACUGAGAACAUUUAAAUGACUGUAUACUCCCCACUGUUCACACCAUACUAUUUUAUUAACUGUUUCGUAAUAAAUCAG